AUGCAGUUCUCCGUCAUCUCUCUCUUCGCUCUCUGCACCGUCGCCAUGGCCGCCUCCAUUGAUCGCACCGUUGUUGAUGGCCUGCAGAAGCGACAAAACGAGGCGGCGGUGGUGCCUCUCAAUCAGCCAGCUAUGAGGAACGAUGCAGACGGGCCAAUCCAGGCCUUUGCCAACCCCGGAGCAGCCGGCGAUGCUUAA